AUGCCUUUGAUAAACGGGCAGAAGAUGGCCUGCGAGCCGUGCAUCCGAGGCCAUCGCUCCACCAAAUGCACACACGCCUCUGAACGGCUCAUGGUCCCCGUGCGCAAGCCUGGACGGCCGCUCAGCUCGUGUCCGCAUCCUUCGUCGCAGCAUUGCGGCUGUGCUGCUGUUACGGCUGCUAUCCCUAAGAAACAGAAAUGCCGGUGUGGUACUUCAGAAAAGGCGUCUGGCCGCAAGGCAGGAGACCAGGAGAGUCAAGAUACAUCAAACGGAUUGGUGACACCUCCAAGCCCAUCCCCGAAAGGAGCCGCAACAAAACCAGCGUACCGCGUGCAGAAAACGGGCUCCAAGUCUGCCUCUGGCAGAAAGCCUAUCGAUCCCGCAGAUUUGGAGAGGAUAGAUGCGAGCCAGGUCAACAUUUUAUCAUCUCCUGAAUCCAAGUCUCCACAGUCGCCCAAUGGCGCCAUGCCCACGAUACCCACUGGCCAUGGCAUGAUGGGAUUUCUCCCAAACGGUACUUUCAUCCCUGGCCCGGCCAUAUUUCCUUCAUAUCAGGAGGUGGCAUCAGGGAAUCCAAUCAUCGACCACGCUGCACCCGAAUUAACGGCGUCAAAUGGCCACACUCCCCCCACGAAUGGACAAAAUGCUUCCCCUGCGGCCGGAAGCUGCUGUGGGAAUGGAAAGUCGACGGCCGCCCAAGCAGAUGGACAGCAGACAGCUAUACCAAAUGGAAAACCCGUCGUCAAGAGCGAGCCUGGGAGCUGUUGCUCAUCUGGGGCAGAAAAGCCAGAGAUUAAGACACAUGAACACACACCUAGCCAGGUUAAUGGCCUGGUGAUGCCGCCGUUUAAUGUACCGAUUGGCAUGCCAAAUGGGAUGUUUCCCUACUUUGUCCAACCGACCAUAUUCGCAUAUCCGCCACAAUACGGCUCCUAUCUUCAACCUCUUCAACCGGAUCAAUAUAGACAGUUGGUGACACUGAACUUUCCGCAACAAAUGGCGAAUAUGCAGACUAUGCCGUAUAAUGCGGCCACCCCGGUGCAAUUUCCCCAGCCCGACGACUUGGAGGCAGAUUCGUGGACGUCUCAUCAGUGUGCCUGCGGGGACUCGUGCCAGUGUAUUGGCUGUGCUACACACCCGUAUAACCAGGCGACGCAGGACUACGUGCGGUCUGCCUGGAAUAGCAUGUCGGAGGAUACUCACAAGCGUCACAAACACUCCGACAGUGUCCAAAGCAUCCCCAACGGCAACUACGAGGAGGCCACACCCGCUAACCAAUCGCCGAAUGGUGCUUCGACACCCGUCAUGGCCAAGGUGGAAGGAGCUGUGUCACCCACAUUAGCGCAGACGCCAUCAGAUGCCAACUCGAGUCUUGGAGAAGAGCCAACUUUGUCGGCGAACGACUUUUUCUUUGUCAGCUACCCCUUUGGCGACUCAUGUGAAGGAGAGAUGGCCAGCUGCCCGUGCGGGGAUUCCUGUCAGUGUAUCGGCUGUGCCAUACACAACAGUUCCGCCUCGGCCGAUUUUGACAACGUCGAGCUUGGGCUGUAA